AUGGGGUCACAUGAUCAGUACCAGCAUCAGUGGGGUCACAUGAUCAGUACCAGCGUCAGUGAGUGGGGUCACAUGAUGAGUGCCAGCAUCAGAUGGGGUUCUAGUUCUCAAAAAAAUAUGGCUCUUGUUCUCAAGGAUGAGGUUCUAGUUCUCAAAAAUAUGGCUCUUGUUCUCAAGGAUGGGGUUCUAGUUCUCAAAAAUAUGGCUCUUGUUCCCAAGGAUGAGGUUCUAGUUCUCAAAAAUAUGGCUCUUGUUCUCAAGGAUGAGGUUCUAGUUCUCAAAAAUAUGGCUCUUGUUCUCAAGGAUGGGGUUCUAGUUCUCAAAAAUAUGGCUCUUGUUCCCAAGGAUGAAUUUCAUGUUGUGAAAGAUGCAGCUCUUGUUCUCAAGAAUGAGGUUCUAGACGUCAUGGAUGAAGGUCAAAUUCUUUGGGUGGAGAAUGAGAAAUUAAAAUAUCAUUUAAAUUUGAAAUAUACAGCAUUGUUUGUUUACGUUCUGUGCUGCGUAGUGAAACCCUCAGUGGGAAGGAGGGGUUUACCUACCCCACUGCGGAGUCCGCGAGCUUCCCCGCGGACCUCGCCAGUGGCGUCCCCAGUAGCUUCGCCCAAGGAGUCCCCCGUCACAUCACCCAAGACACAGCAGAAGCAGAGCACGUCGCAGGGUUGCAAGCACAGGUGUGUUCACGGCUACCUAUGUGGGAGGAUAUCGUUGCUGCACGUGUCUGUGGUGUGCGUGCUGUUGGGCAUCAUCCUGCUGGUGGUGGGGCUGGUGCAGCUGGCUCCUGGUGCUGCGACCGUGUUUGACAGUGGCCUCCCUGCAGGGUCUGAGAUCAACAAGUACGCCAUCAUUGGUGCUGGUACGGGCUUCCUCAGUCUGGGCUUCAUGUUUCUCAUCAUUCUGUGUGCUUGUCAGAAGAAUACACACAGGCGUAGACGACCUCCCCCACACCUCAUCCAGUCGUGGGGCCGCAAAAAGAGCAAAAGAAAACCGGGAAAUGUGUACUCCAUGGACUGCGUCACCUCUCUGAGCAUGUCCAAGGCUCACCCGGACCACAGAGGGAAGACUGGCAGCGGCAGAAGCAACAAAGGUCAAGGCAGACAAAUGCAGGUGCACACCAUAGAGGGCGCGGUGGCUGCCAGCACUAGCCAGUGAGUCUUGCCAGACCUUCCACUACUACCAAUACCACUACCACUUCUCGCAGCAUCUGCCACUCCACACGCUACACUUGCACCUAUUAUUUACAAUAUUGACAUCUCUCUGAAGAAAAAUCAUGAAGAGU